AUGACAGAAAGCAAGAGGAAAGAGAGGAAAGGAAAGAAGAAGGGAGCAAAGAAGGGGCAAAGGGACAAAGAUGGUGAUCCAACAGCAGCUGCUCCAGCAAAAUUAAAACGUAUGAGGAAUCCAUCAGUAGUGGACGAGGGGAGCAAACUCACAGUAAAAUGUGAGGCAACAGGGAACCCUGCCCCCACCUACAGAUGGUUUAAGGACGGCAACGAACUCAAGAAAAGCAAAACAGUCAGAAUAAAGAACAGCCAGAAAAACUCUCGAGUACAGAUCAGCAAAGCCAAACUGGAGGAUUCUGGGAAUUACACAUGCGUUGUGGAGAAUACGCUGGGGAAGGACAACUCUACUGGCACUGUUAACGUCCUAAGCAUUACCACAACACCAUCUCCGGGCUCAGGCCAUGCCAGAAGAUGCAACGACACAGAGAAGGCCUACUGUGUGAAUGGCGGUGACUGUUAUUUCAUCCAUGGUAUAAAUACGCUGUCCUGCAAAUGUCCGGAUGGAUACUAUGGCACACGCUGCUUACAGACCGAGCCGCUGCGGUUGUACAUGCCCAGGCCUACCAAAAGUAUGUCGAGCUGUGGGUGCUCUCUGUCCCCUCUCUCCUCCUCUCAGGUGGACUCACAGCAGCCUGCGCUCUUCACACUGAUGGUGCUCCCGCUGACACCCUGCUUCUGCUGUCCACAAUUGUGCACUGGUUCUAACGGGUGUCCAAAUGACUUUACUGGUGAUCGCUGUCAAACCUACGUUAUGGCCAGUUUCUACCAGCAUCUUGGGAUUGAAUUUAUGGAGGCAGAGGAGCUGUACCAGAAAAGAGUUUUGACAAUCACGGGUAUCUGUGUGGCUCUGUUGGUGGUGGGAAUUGUCUGCGUGGUUGCCUACUGCAAAACCAAGAAACAAAGAAAGAAGAUGCACAAUCAUUUGCGACAAAACAUGUGUCCGGAACAUCCCAAUCGUAACCUAGCCAACGGACCCAAUCACCCAGGACCUGGCCCAGAGGAAAUCCCCAUGGUAGAUUACAUAUCAAAGAAUAUGCCUGCGACCGAGCGAGUCAUAAGACCGGUAACAGAGGGGUCGUUUCCCGCCAGCCAUACCUCUUCCAGAUCUCACAACUCUUCCACACGAGCCCAUUCAUCAACUCAGAGACAAGAGGAGCGGACAUGGAGCCUGGAGCGCUCUUACAGUAUCCUCUCUGAUUCUCCGGGAAUGAUGUCAUCGUCAGUGGGGACCAGUAAAUGCAGCAGCCCAGCGUGUGUGGAGGCCCAGGCCCGCCGCGCUGCUCACUGUGGUUACUCUGACCCCCACCGGCCGCCGCUGCAGUACGGACACUCCUUCGACUCGCUCGGGGAUUCUCCGCACAGCGACAGAUACGUGUCGGCGCUGACCACACCGGCUCGUCUGUCUCCUGUGGACUUCCAUUACUCAUUGCCCCCGCAGGUGCCUAUUUUCCAGAUCACAUCCCCUAAUGCCAGCCAUGCCAUGUCCCUGCCCCCCGCCGCCCACAACCCGUACCCCCCAGAGGACGAUCAGCCGCUGCUGCGCCGCUACCAAGUGCCCCUCCACGACGCACAGAGCCAGGAGGCGUACAGGCAGCAGCGCCGCACUUAUCUGAACAACAGCCGGGGCAGCUUGCCCUCCAGCCCCUACCGGCUGGCUGAGGAGGAAGACUACGAGACCACCCAGGAGUACCUGUCCUCCAGGGAGCAACCAAAGAGAAGUGGGUCCAGUGGCUCUGGGGGCCGCCGCUGGCGCAGGUCCAGACUGAACGGCCAUGUUGCCCCACGUGGAUAUGAGGCGUCCCGGGACUUGGGCUCGCGGAGCUGCCUAACAGAUAGCGAGUCAGAGGAGGACGGGGAGAGCACGCCCUUCCUCAGUAUGCAGAACAUGAACGCAGAGCCCUCCACCAUCUACAGACCGGCCCCGGACACACGGACUUCACACAGUGGGAGCUCACAUACGAGACUGUCGCACUCACGCUCCAAACAGGACAAUACUCCCCAUUAG